UACAUGUAGUAUAACGAUAGAUAGGCCAGUUUAUAUUUAAAUAUCUAUAUUACAUGCAUAUAUGUCUACAAACAGGUUUUUAUCUGUUGUUGUACGCAAUGAAGUAACGCAUAUGAUGACACACAUACUGACCUCUGAAUACACGACUACCGAACAUAACUUAUCAACAAAGAUUAUCUGCUCGAAUCUAGUUAAUCAACUAGUGUAUCACAUAAAAGUGGGUCUGGAUUUGGAAUAUGAGGAUAUUCGGUGAAUUUCACAUAAAAGUGGAAAAAUGACUUCUGAUUCGGAAACAAAAGCACUUUUGGAUAAUGGCCAGGAUCCUGGACAGCCUGCUGAACCAGUUCAAUAUGCGUCUUUGGGAUGUAAUCAAGACGUCGCCAUACGUGUUAUUGUGAUAAUCCUAUUUGUAAUAGGGUUAGAAAUGGGAGGUUUGACUAAAAACCAGUAUGUGUAUAAAUGGAUAGAGACAAAUUCAAAUUCAACCAACACUGCAUUAAAUGCUUCCCAUGAAAACUCACCGACCACAUCACUGGAUCCAUGUGGAAGCAACAUCAGUGCUGGAAAUGAAAAGACCGACCAGUCGGAGGCAACCUUGUGGCUGUUGUACUUUUCCUUAUGUGAACACGGCAUAUCUAUUCCGAUGAUACUGCUCUAUGGUUCCUAUUCGGACUUUGUCGGCAGGAAACCAUUAAUGAUAAUUCCCUGCAUUGGAAAUUGCAUUCAAUAUGCUAUUAAAGCUUUCAUUGUGUACAAAAAUCUUCCAUUGGUCUACUUCUUUAUUGCUUACGUGUGUAUAGGGCUAUGUGGUGGUCACUAUCCGUUUUAUUUGGCCAUGAUGGCGUCAGUAGCGGACAAAACCGAUAGCAACAACACGAGAGCCUUCGGUAUCGCGAUAGUUGAAGCAGUGAUUGGGGUUGGUGUAUGUGCCGCCCAAGUUGGGACGGGGUACCUCAUCAAAGACUUCGGGUACAUGUAUCCUAUGGUUGCAACAUCCGGGAUAUUUGGUUUGUGUUUCUUUAUUGUAGUGUUCGGAGUAUCGGACACGCGUUCACCUACAUCAACCAAACAUAUCACAUUACUUGUUUAUCUGAAACAAAUUUUCGGAAUGUUUCUCAGCAAAUCUCAUAUCGCCACUGGCAGUGUUUUCACAUUCAAUAUGACAAUGCUAUCAUUUUUUCUAUUGUAUAUGGUAGCAACUGUUUUCAACACUAUAGGAACGCUUUAUGAGCUUCGUUCGCCAUUUUGCUGGGACUCAAGAACAAUAGGAUGGUAUGGAUUUGGAACUGAUAUUGUUCAGUACGUAUUUGGUCUGUUUGUUGUGAAGGGACUUCAAAUGUGUCUUUCACACGGAGCAGUGAUCAUAUUAGCCCUCCUGUCAUCUAUAGCUACCUGUGUUAUCACUGGACUUGCCACUUCUAGUCUGAUGCUGUAUAUAAGUAAGUGUUACGUUAUUCUUUCUCGAGCUAGUUAUUAUACACUUACACCGACUUUAUUUUCUUGCAUGUGGGACAGGAGAGUUAAAAUGGAAAAGGCCUGAAUCCAGAUUAGGAACUGGAACCUCCGAAAUUCCACAAGUUCU